AUGCAGUGGGGUGAGGUGACCCAGGACCAAGUGGCCGAGGAGGGCCUGUCCCAGAGAGGGGGGCAGGGAGACAGACACAUCUGUGACCUAGGUGCGCGCCCUUCACUGGAAUCGAACCCGGGACCCUUCAGUCUGCAGGCCGACGCUCUAUCCACUGAGCCACACCAACUAGGGCUACAGUUGGUUCUUAAGCAUCUCGAUGUUUUCUUAUUUCAGCUCUGGAUUAAUCGAAUCACAGCUGCCUCCCAGGAGCACGGCCUGCAUUACCCAGCGUUCGUUGGCAAUUUAAUUAAGUGCCAGGUGGAGCUCAACAGGAAAGUGCUGGCCGAUCUGGCCAUCUACGAACCAAAGACUUUUAAAUCCUUGGCUGCUUUGGCCAAAAGGAGGCGAGAGGAAGGAUUUGCCGCCGCCUUGGGGGACGGGAAGGAGCCUGAAGGGAUAUUCUCCAGAGUGGUGCAGUAUCACUGAGGGGCCCUCUGCAGCGGCGUCGGAGGAAAAGGCGUCCCCAUGACCGUCAUGAAAACGGGCGAGAAUCCUUGGCCAGGAACGUGUUAGGUUUGACUUGCAGUUGUGUUACUUGACAUCUCAGUAACCGUGUGAGAGAGAAGGCCUGUCUGUCCUCCUUGGGACAGACCAGCGGCCGCUUGUAGAUUGUGUCAAUAAAGCUUGUGUGCUGGUCAGCGUC